CUAGCAUGAUUAACAAGUUAAUAGCAUGUUGCUAACAUGAUUAGCAUGUUGUUAGCAUGUUUCUAACAUGAUUAGCAUGUUACUAUCAUGUUGCUAGCAUGAUUAGCAUGUUACUAGCAUGUUUUUAACAUGAUUAGCAUGUUACUAUCAUGUUGCUAACAUGAUUAGCAUGUUACUAGCAUGUUUCUAACGUGAUCAGCAUGUUGCUAACACAGUUAGCAUGUUACUAGCAUGUUGCUAACACAACAUGUUACUAGCAUGUUGCUAGCAUUAUUACCAAGUUACUUGCAUGUUGCUAACAUGAUUAACAUGUUGUUAGCAUGCUUCUAACAUGAUUAGCAUGUUACUAGCAUGUUUCUAACAUGAUUAGCAUGUUGCUAACACAGUUAACAUGUUACUAGCAUGUUGCUAGCAUUACUACCAAGUUACUAGCAUGUUGCUAACAUGAUUAGCAUGUUGUUAGCAUGUUUCUAACAUGAUUAGCAUGUUACUAGCAUUAUGUUAACAUGUUUCUAACGUGAUUAGCAUGUUGUUACCAUGAUUAGCAUGUUACUAGCAUGUUGUUAGCAUUUUUCCAGUAUGAUUAGCAUGUAACUAACAUGUUGCUGGCAUGAUUAACAAGUUACUAGCAUGUUUCUAACAUAAUUAGCAUGUUACUAGCAUGUUGCUAACAUGAUUAGCAUGUUACUACCAUGUUCCUAACGUGAUCAGCAUGUUGUUAACACAGUUAACAUGUUGCUAGCAUGUUGCUAGCAUUAUUACAAGUUACUAGCAUGUUGCUAGCAUGAUUAACAAGUUAAUAGCAUGUUGCUAACAUGAUUAGCAUGUUGUUAGCAUGUUUCUAACAUGAUUAGCAUGUUACUAUCAUGUUGCUAGCAUGAUUAGCAUUUUACUAGCAUGUUUUUAACAUGAUUAGCAUGUUACUAGCAUGUUGCUAACAUGAUUAGCAUGUUACUAUCAUGUUGCUAACAUGAUUAACAUGUUACUACCAUGUUUCUAACGUGAUCAGCAUGUUGCUAACACAGUUAGCAUGUUACUAGCAUGUUGUUAACAUUAUUACCAAGUUACUAGCAUGUUGUUAGCAUGAUUAACAAGUUACUAGCAUGUUGCUAACAUGAUUAGCAUGUUGUUAGCAUGCUUCUAACAUGAUUAGCAUGUUACUAGCAUGUUUCAAACAUGAUUAGCAUGUUGCUAACACAGUUAGCAUGUUACUAGCAUGUUGCUAACACAGCAUGUUACUAGCAUGUUGCUAGCAUUAUUACCAAGUUACUAGCAUGUUGCUAACAUGAUUAGCAUGUUGUUAGCAUGUUUCUAACAUGAUUAGCAUGUUACUAGCAUGUUUCUAACAUGAUUAGCAUGUUACUAGCAUGUUUCUAACAUGAUUAGCAUGUUGCUAACACAGUUAGCAUGUUACUAGGAUGUUGCUAGCAUGAUUUAGAUAGCUAGAUAGAUUAGAAAUAUUAGAGUGGAAGCUUAAAUGAGUCUAAAUGGAUUAUAAAUAGUACAUAGAAGGGAAGCUUGAUUGAGCCUCAAAGGAUUCUGGGAGUUUAGAUUUGAAUUUUUUCAGUUGGAGUUUGAAGAGUGUUGGCUCAUUUGAACAUUCCGUCAAUGUAAGUCUAUGGGAUUUUUGGUGGGUUUGAUAGUCUGGUUUACGAAAACCGUAAACCGGAUCAGUCUGAAAAGAUACAGCACACCGAGUCAGACCAGUCUGAAGGUCUGGGCCGAGUUUGGUGGUUCUAGCUUGAAAGCUCUAGGAGGAGAUAGAUACCGAAAUUUGGCUCAGAAGAAGAAGAAUAAUAAUAUUCUUAAAUAGUAGAUCAGUAAGUUGGCUUUCUCAAGCCAACUUAAUAACAACAUGCAGUGAACGGUAAAACUGUGCACUACAAACCAGUGUGCUCAUAAAGUAAUACAUAUGGUAAAACACACCAAUUUGCAAUAUCAAGCAGCAAAACGAGCUGUUUUUAACAGCUUGAAGGUUGGACGAUGAUGAGACCGGAAGCCAGAGCCAAGAAAAAGGUAAAUAUGCUAUUUUAGCCGUAUUUCCAUUAAAAUUUCCUUCGUGUGAAGAAUGAGAUAUGUUCACUUGAAACAUGAAAACAAGAAACUGUCCCAUUCUUAAACUAAUUAGACAAAUGUAUCUAUACUAAACACAGUGUCUGCAUUAAAUAACGUAUGUGCAUUAUUAAUAUUUUAACACGUUUCUCUUCAGACUGGAACUGUUGAAUAUCAAGCACCACACUGUCUGCUAAACACAUCCUAGACUGACAUUUAAUAUGUUUCCUCUCCGUAAUCUGCUUGCCAACCGUAAGUCAGAACAGUAAAGGGUGAGUUGACACUGUGUUUCCAUACUCAUGAAAACAGUUGUGGCUAGUACUGCAUAUUACCACAUGCCUGAUAUGCAGGGCCAAGACCAUGUCAGGAUGACAUCAUUAAGCAUCUGCUGGCUGCACAAUGAGGAUCCCCCCUCUGUUAUAGUCAUCAGAGACAAAAACAGAACAGGAGUGUAAGGAGAGCGACCUCACACAACAGACCCAUAUUUUCAGUCUGAGCAUCUGGCAAGAGGAUCCAGAAAACUUCCUGGGCCAACCUGGGCAUUGUCACUAAGUGUGGGAGACAAUGGAGGACAGCACAGAAGAAGACAUUGAGUCUCUGAUUGAGGGGAUGGCCUACAUCCCUGGCCACUUUCAUUUGGAGCUCAAUCUGAACGGUGAACCCAAUGGACUGGUCACCCUCCGUCACCGGGACACCCAGCUCAAACGCGAGAGCCUCAGGGCUGAGCUUGAAGCUGAGACGGGACGACUGCAGUACGCUGUGCGCAAUAUGCUGGGUUUGCUGGCCUUUCACGUAGACGAACUGGAGACGGCAGAAGAGGCCUUUCACAGCAUCUGCCAAGAGGAUCCAGAAAACCUCAACGCCUGGGCUAACCUUGGUUAUGUAUAUGAACGCCUGGGUCGCGAGCUGGAGGAGGGGGAGUGCGUGGAACAUGUAGCUGCCCUUAUGGGCACAGAGAUGGGGGAAAACCAGACAGACUGCAGACUCAGGGUAGCACGGUGCUUGGCUGAACAGGCUUACGCACAUCCUCAUGAUGUGGAGCUGGAAAGGGAUGAAGAUUUACGGGAGAGACUGACAGCCGCGCUGAUAUUAUACAACCGCGCAUUAGAUUACGGAGAGGCACUGAUACCAAUUGAGGAAAAAAGAAGUUGGUAUUUUAAAAUGGCAACAAUUUACAUAAGGUUAGAUGGAAUUGUAAGGGAUUCGAAAGACAUUGACCUCACAAGACUGAACUAUUUCAACAAGGGCCUCAAGCUUCUCACAGAGACACUAAAAUCUGACAACACACAUCUCAAAGCACUGGCUUGGUGUUAUGUUGGUCUCAUGCUGGAGCGGACGGAGGAAUUCUCAACUGUGCCAAUGUCAGUCCAUGACUGUGGUUUCUCCGGAUUGGACCCGCUGACGUGUUACGGAUCGGCCAUUAAGCUCGCCACGGAUGAUGCAUUCAUACUCAACAGGCUAGCAAACGUGUUCUUCCUGUCAGGCAAACUAGAGAUGGCCACAGGUAUCUGCAACAUGGCUCUGAGUGUCCUGCCUGAUGCAGAACUCAAUUGGCAGGCAUACUGCACUCGUGCCAAGCUUAGCGUCACUACAUAUGCAAAGGAUCUGGAUAAAGCGAAGUGCAGUCAAGGUGGCAUCCCCGACCGUCAGAUUCUGAAAGAGGCCCGUGCUGAUCUGGAACGUGUUCUGGCUGUGCGACCCUGUUUGAGGACUCAUUUGGAGAUGGGUCAGGUUUACUACUACAUGGGUGUGGACGCCCUACAGGAGAGCCUGUUGGUCGAUGAAAUGGCGAUAAACCAGGCCCUGGUUAGUCUAUCUAAAGCUCUGCAGUGUCCUCUGGGCUCUACAAUCUCCAAACUACAGCUCCUGCGGGGUCGCUGCCUGCUGCUAAAAGGAGAGGAGCAGAACGCCAUCGACUGUUUUAGGAAAGCGCUUGAACUGGAACCUCCCAGCGUCCAAGACACGGCAGUCCUGCGCUGCCUGCUACAGGCUAUUCUAGUGAGCUUCACCCAGAGUGGGAACGAUACAGGUCACGCUAUAAUCCAGUUAGAGGAAUGUUUAAAACAGGCGGAAGAGCGAUACGGAGCAAACAUUGUUCAGACUGAGUUGAAGGCACUGUGCCGAGCACACACGGAUGAGGUGACAGAGCUCUCAAAAGAUCUGGUGAAGAAGGGGAGGUUGGAAGUGGUUAGAAAGUUGCUGAAGAGCGUACAGCCACAGGGGAAAAAAUUCACAUUGGGAAGGUCCAUGUCUAUUUGAAAGAAUCUGUGAAAUAACAGGAAGAGACUCCAGAUAAUGUGUUGAUGGGCAAUUAUGUGAUGUCCAGGAAUUAAUAAUAAUGUAACGUCUCAUUUCAACUUAGAGGUAAUCACUUUUGUUAAAGGUGAAGUCAAUUUAAAGAUAAUGUACUCACCCCCUUUUCAUCCAAGAUGUUCAUGUCUUUCUUUCUUUAGUCGUAAAUAAAUUGUUUUUUGAGGAAAACAUUUCAGGAUCUUUCCCCAUAUAAUGGACUGAUAUGGUUCCCCCGAGUUUGAACUUCCAAAAUGCAGCUUAAAACGAUCCCAUAUGAUUUUUGAAGUUGAGGGAGAAAAUACGAUCAGAGUUUUUCGACAUACCCUAACUGUCCUGAACCAAAAUACACAGAGUUCAGGGAGAGCAAGACAAGACGAGUGUUUGACAUUAGAAAAAUUAGAAAAUGUUAUUUUCAUUUAAAUUUUUAAAUGAAAAUAACAGAUUGUUUCGCUAGAUAAGACCCUUCUUCCUUGGCUGGGAUCAUUUACAGCCGCAUUUUGGAAGUUCAAACUCGGGGCACCAUAUCAGUCCAUUAUAUAGAGAUCUUGGAUGACAAGGGGGUGAGUACAUUAUUUGUAAACGGUUGUUCUGGAAGUGGACUUCUCCUUGAAUGCUGAGUGAUGGAUGAGGGAAAUGUGUUUUGAAAUUAUUACUAUUGUGUGAAAGUUUAAAAAGUUGUUUUGGAAUGUUGUCUUUAUGGCAAAUUUUUCCUCCAGGACAUGCCACAAAGCACGAAGAGCCAGUUACACAAGAAAUAAGUGUUUAAACCUAGAGAUGUACUAUGGGGUUCACAAGCCUGAGACCACAUAGAAAAUCUGGGACUAUUUACAUUCAAACCUACAAGUAAACAAAUAGUAUUUUUAAAAAUAGAAGAAACUCUUCAUUUAAAUAUUAAAUACUACACUAUUACCUCUUAGGAACAUUCUCAAAUCACAAUGGACAACACAAACAAGUUUUACAUAAAUAUGUGGUUCAUGUCAGGUUGAUUGCUGCUGUCAAUAAAGCAAAAGAGGGGGGGAAAGCCUUAUUUAAAUUAUGCUAACAUCACUUGUAAUAAAAAAUGUCAUUAUAAAAAUCAUACGGUUAUUGGAACCGUAUGGCAUUUCAUCAUGAAUACAUUUUUAUUUAAAUCAUAGAUUGUUUUAUGUGGUUGAAAUAAACAUCACUAAAUGAGGUUUGCAUUAGAUGGUAAUCCCCAAAUCAGUCUAAAAUGUUGUCUAAAAAGCUCCAGCAUCGUUGAGUCCAACUUAUUUUAUCCAGAAACUGUUUUAAAGUGAUACUUAACCCAAA